AUGGACUAUAAUGUGAAGCGCGUUCUGGUCAACCAGGGAAGCUCGACCGACAUCCUCUUUUGGGAAGCUUUCGUGGGAAUGAAGAUCCCCAACGACCGAUUGGUACCUUACGUGGGAACCCUAGUAGGUUUUGCAGGAGAUCAGGUUAUGGCUAGGGGGCCUACGUUGAAUAAACUGGGGGUCGUUGUGUCAACAUCGCAUCUGAAAGUGAAGUAUCCAUUGCCGAAUGGGGAUGUCGGAGUCCUCAAGGUGGACCAAGAGAUCGCCCGAAAGUGUUACGCGGACAGUUUGAAGGCAAGAAGGCGUUUAUAUACCACACCAGCUGAAAAACACAUUCAUUCCAUCGAACUGGAUCCUAGGAUGGGUCAGUUUGAUCACCGACCCGCCCCUGCGGAAGAUGUCAAGGAAGUAGCAAUGAUGGAAGGAAAAACGGUGAAGAUCGGUACUUCUUUAACUCCAGAAAAUGAAGAAAGGUUGGUUAAGGUUCUAAAGGAAAAUGCGUCGGCAUUUGCAUGGCACUCCAGCGUUAUGCUUGGCAUUGACCCCGAUUUCCUGUGCCACAAGCUGGCUAUAGACCCUAAUGCAAAAGUAGUGAUCCAAAAGAGGAGGAAGUUUGGAGAGGAGAAACGAAGGGCCAUUGCGGAAGAAAUGAAGAAAUUGGUAAAGGCAGGACAUGUCCGAGAAAUCCAGUAUCCGACCUGGUUAGCAAAUCUGGUGAUGGUUUGCAAGAGUAAUGCAAAGUGGAGAAUGUGUAUGGACUUCACCGACCUUAAUAAGGCGUGCCCAAAGGACUCGUACCCGCUGCCCAACCUAGACUGCUUGGUUGAGGGAGCGUCGGGGUACGAGUUACUGAGUUUCAUGGAUGCUUACUUGGGGUACAACCAGAUCUGCAUGCAUUCAGCAGAUGAAGACAAGAAAGCCUUCAUAGUAACAGUAACACAUGAGAUCGUUGCUUAA